AAACCACACUGUCCCGAACAAACCUCCGAGUUCCCGUCUCUUGGUGAUUCGCAGUCCCCUCAACACCAACGUCUCCAAGACACGGGACGCGGAUUGCUUCAUCAUUGGCUAGAUUGCAUGUCCUUGUCUUCCCUUUCUUUCUGUCUUGCCCUUCUUAGCUUUAUCCCGUGGCCUGCAGCAGACCAAAACAUCACCCAUUCACUUUUCCUUCCCAACAGCUACAGCUACUCCUUUUUCCAACGACGCCUGUCAGCAGUAAUCCCCCUUUGGGAUCCUAUGCAAUGUCGGGCACAAUGAGAGGAACGCCCAACCGGGCUCCAAGCCGUGGCGGUAUUCCUUUUGCGAACAGCCCCUCCGGUUCCAACAUCCCUCGUCCCGUCCCUGACGCUCAUGCCGCCCCGAGCGAUGUUGCUUCUGGUGCUGCUGGCUCUUCCGUCAGUGUGAGCCGCCAGAAGCAGAACAAGAGAGAUGAGGCCAUCCGCCGCAAGAUGGAAAACGACCUCUCCAAGAAGAAGCACCUUAGCGGUCGCGCCCGCCACUCUCGCAAGGCUCCUCCCGGUACCGUCCUCGCCCUGAAGCCGAGCCCGGCCCUACAGAUCAAGCCCUCCACCACCGUGUCCGAAGCCGCCCAGCUCAUGGCCGCCAAGCGGGAAGACUGCGUCCUCGUUACCGACGAUGACGACCGCAUCUCCGGCAUCUUCACCGCCAAGGACCUGGCCUUCCGCGUCGUGGGCGCCGGUCUGAAGCCGAGCAGCAUUACCAUCGCCGACAUCAUGACCAAGAACCCGCUCUGCGCCCGCACCGACACGAGCGCCACCGACGCCCUCGACCUCAUGGUCCGCAAGGGCUUCCGCCACCUCCCCGUCAUGGACGAGAACCAAGACAUCACCGGCAUCCUCGACAUCACAAAGUGCUUCUACGAUGCCAUGGAGAAGCUGGAGCGUGCCUACUCGUCCUCCCGCCGGCUGUAUGAUGCCCUCGAGGGCGUGCAGUCCGAGCUCGGCACCAGCCAGCCCCAGCAGAUCAUCCAGUACGUCGAGGCCCUGCGCACCAAGAUGUCGGGCCCCACCCUCGAGUCCGUCCUCAGCGGCACCCCGCCCACCACCGUCAGCGUGCGCACCUCGGUCAAGGACGCCGCCCAGCUCAUGAAGGAGAACCACACCACCGCCGUUCUCGUCCAGGACCAGGGCGCCAUCACCGGCAUCUUCACCAGCAAGGACGUCGUCUUGCGCGUCAUCGCCGUUGGUCUCGACCCCGCCACUUGCAGUGUUGUGCGUGUCAUGACGCCUCACCCCGACUUUGCUCCCAUGGACAUGAGCAUCCAGGCCGCUCUCCGCAAGAUGCAUGACGGUCACUACCUCAACCUUCCCGUCAUGAACGACGGCGGCGAAAUCGUGGGCAUGGUCGACGUCCUGAAGCUCACCUACGCCACUCUGGAGCAGAUCAACACCAUGUCGACCGGCGAUAACGAAGGUCCCGCCUGGAACAAGUUCUGGCUGUCUCUCGACCACGAGACCGAAUCCAUCAUGUCCGGCGAGGGCAGCCAACAGCACACCAACCUGGGCUCGCGCCUCAUGUCCCCCGACCUCACCCGGGAACGGCUAGGGGAUAGCGUGGCCCCCGGCGACUCGGCCUCCCACACGGGCGCCGAGUCUCCGCCCCCUUCGGAGCUCGCUCCCGGUGGUGGUGGUGGUGGUGGCAGCACCGCCCAGUCGCCGGCCGAGCUCCCCUUCCCCUUCAAGUUCAAGGCCCCCUCGGGCCGCGUGCACCGCCUGCAGGUCAUCGCCUCGCAGGGCGUCGGCGCCAUGGUGGCCAACGUCAUCGCCAAGCUCGGAAGCGAAGCCGAUGCCAUCGGCGGCCCCCCCACCGCCGAGGAAGGGAAGAUCAGCGGUGGCUUCGCCCUCAGCUACCUGGACGACGAGGGCGAUUCGGUCUCCAUCACGACGGAUAAUGACCUCCUCGAGUCGAUCCUCCUCGCCCGCCAGCGCCGCCGUGACAAGGUCGACCUGUUCGUGCACGACCCGGAGAAGCCUCCCGAGGCGCCUGCCCCCGUUGCUGUGGUGGAGCCCACCCCUGCCUCGACCACUUCGGGUCUUAGGGAGCGCCGGAGGGCGGUCGAUGACGACGACGACGAGGAGGAGGAGGACGACGAAGACGAAGACGAGGAGGUCCACGACAACAACCAGCAGACCCUCCUACGGCGGUCUCGUCAUGCCCGGACGGUGUCUCCCGAACAGGAACAGGUCAUUGCAGGUGUUCCCAACGAGCUGCUCCUCCCCGGUGCCAUUGUGACGCUGGCUGUGGUCAUUGUCGGCGUCUUCACCAUCUCCCGGCUCACCAGCAGGUAAACAGGGUUAGAGCAGGGGAAGAGAGAGAGAGAGAUGGCCUCGUCUGUUCGCAUCUAAUUUCGCGCCUGCCACCGGAGCCGGGGCUCAUCAUGAGAUAAUGAGAGGCGCACAGGGAAACUUGUACAUACUAUGUAAUAGCAUGUUUGCUUUGUUAGAUCCUUUAGUACCCCCCAUACUGCACGUAAUACACUGCAUUUCUCAA